AGUUUGCCACUCAUUUCUCAAAAGUGCCGCCAGUCGAACGCACCGCAACCGGUGGAACGCGCAACGCACGCGCAACAAAUUCGUAAAAAAAUAAAAUCCCAUAUAUGAAACCAACCCAAAUCAGAAGUGAUAAUGUGCAGUUAAGAGACUAAAAGAGAGCAAUCCUUGAAAAACCUUUAAGACAAACAAUCGAUCAUGGUCAUGGAGAUGUCCAAGACGUAUCAGUACCGCAAGGUGAUGAAGCCGCUGCUGGAGCGCAAGCGGCGGGCCAGGAUCAACAAGUGUUUGGACGACCUCAAGGAUUUGAUGGUCGAGUGCCUGCAGCAGGAGGGCGAGCAUGUCACGCGGUUGGAGAAGGCGGAUAUUCUGGAGCUGACCGUGGAUCAUAUGAGGAAACUCAAGCAGAGGGGUGGUCUCUCCCUGCAGGGAGUGGUUUCGGGUGGUGGUAACAGUCCGCCCACCUCGACGAGUACCGCCCACGUGGAGUCCUUUCGCUCGGGAUAUGUGCACGCCGCCGAUCAGAUUACGCAGGUCCUGCUGCAGACCCAGCAAACCGAUGAGAUUGGCCGCAAGAUAAUGAAAUUCCUAUCGACGCGACUAAUUGAGCUGCAGACGCAGUUGCUCCAGCAACAACAACAACAGCAGCAGCAGCAACAACCGCAAUCUUCGGGUCGCCUGGUAUUCCCGCUCCUGGGAGGAUAUGGACAGGCGGCCGCCGCUGCCGCCAUUAGUUACAGCUCCUUCCUGACCAGCAAGGACGAACUGAUCGAUGUGACAUCCGUCGAUGGCAACGCAUUAUCCGAAACGGCGUCGGUCAGCUCGCAGGAGUCCGGCGCCUCGGAGCCCGUCUGGAGGCCCUGGUAAUUGGGCCUGACUUUCGAUCUUAUCCUUAACAUUAUAAUCACAACCCAAAAAAUGGCUAUUGACCGUUCUGCAACAAGAUCCGUUGUCUUCCAAAGUAAUUCAUAAACGUACCAAGUUAAUUGAGGUCGAUUCGCUUAUCGAUUUUGAGAUUGGUUUUAAAAUACUUUUAGGCUAAGUCCCCACUAUGGUAAUUUGUAAAUUGAUUGUUUAAUUUCAACUGUGAUAUAACUAAAGUACGAUGAUCAAUCAAUAUCAGUGAAUAUAUUUGAGUGCGCUAUUAUCCUACUCCAAACGAUUCCUAAGUUCAUUAGUUCGUUGCGCUCUCUUCAUUGUUUAGCCUAUAUUAAGCUUUAAAUAAUUUAUAAAUGUUAAUUUAUGGUUAGUUGAGAACGAGAAAUCAAAAAUAGACUACAUAAAUAAAAUAAAUCAAUAAAAUUGCAAAAGUAAA